AGCAACCUCAUGGCAGCUGUAUCCCCGAUUCUGAUCAGGUUCGGGUCUUCAGCAUACGCCCUACGGUAGGUAUUCGGCAUACGCACCAAACUAGGCAGGUCAUAUGCAGGUAUGCAUGUAGGUAGGUACACCUACCUUGGGUAGGGUUCCAAACAAUCUUCUUUUCUUGAGAGGGUAUACGAUACAUAGUAGGUUAAACUAGGGCGCCAUUGCCGCUAUCUAGUCCGCCAUGCAGAUGGAGCGCCCCGCGGAGAAGGCUAAUUCUCGAGUCCAGAAUUGGCGCAUUGGGGAGGAUAAGAAAAACAUGUAUAUUCAUCCGUCUUUCCACUGAAGAGCUCCUUUAAAUCUGGGUAGGCAGGCCGUCGUUCGGAAGCCAAUUCAAAACGCGGACCAGCCUAGGACGGGAGUCGAGACACUAGUCCAGCAGCUUGUAUCCCCGCGAUUGCCCGCACAAUGCAGCUAUCUUCACUUCUUGUCGUGCUUCCGGCCCUACCCCUCGUGGCAGCCGAGACGGUGCUUGGGACCUACAUCUUCCACCGGCAUGGGGAUCGCACUACCAAGUCGUACUCGCCCGUGUCUCUCACGCCGCUUGGCGCAGAUCAGGCGCUUGCUUCUGGCCUGUGGUACCGCCACCAAUAUCUCUCGGCCAACGCCUCGUCGAGGAUCCCUGGCAUGGCCACCGACCUCCCUGUCCUCUCGCAGCUCUCGGUAACGAGCCCCGUCGACAAUGUGCUGCAGGGUAGUGCCCAGGUCUUUCUCAUGGGCCUAUACCCGCCCGCUGGCUCCGCAGCGUCUCAGACCUUGGCCGAUGGCUCCUCGGUCACUACGCCACUAGGAGGAUAUCAGUUCAUCCCCGUCAACGCCGUCAGCACGGCGGCCAGCAGCAGGGGCUCCGAGGACAACCUAUGGCUCCAAGGCGGGAGCGGCUGCGGGAAUGCCGUCGCAAGCAGUAAUAGCUACUUUAACAGUUCCGAGUAUCUCGCCGCGCUCAAAAGCACGCAGACUUUCUAUCAAAGCCUGCUGCCCGUCUAUAAUACCACCUUUCCCAGCGCGACGGCCAGCUUCAAGAACGCCUAUGCCAUUUACGACUACAUACAUGUGUCCGAGAUCCACAACGCCAGCAGCACGAUAUCGUCGGCUGGGCUGCUCACCAACGAGACGCUGCACCAACUGCAGACCCGGGCGGACCAGCACGAAUGGGGCCUUGCCUUCAACAGCAGCGAGCAAGUUCGGGCCAUAUCAGGCUCGCUCCUGGCCGCGCAGAUCGUGCAGGCAUUGAACAACACGCUGGCGGCACCCGUGGGCAAGACCUCGGCGCAGAAAAUGACGAUCCAGUUUGGGCCAUAUGGGACCUUCAUGGCCUUCUUCGGGCUCGCCAAGGCGCCGGCCGCUUCGCCCGAGUUUUACGGCAUCGUCGACUACGCCAGCAGCAUGGUGUUUGAGCUCGUCACCAACGCCAGCCUUGACGACUCGGCCGCCGCCGUCAGUCCUGACAAAGUCAGCGUGCGCUUUCGGUUUGCCAACGGUACGGCAAGCGAUGCCAACCCCCCGCGAGCGUUCCCCCUUUUCGGCCAGACCGAGACUACUCUCUCGUGGUCUACGUUUGUCAGCGAGAUGAACAAGUUUGCCAUCGGCAGCAACGAGGCCUGGUGCAAGGCCUGCGGCCCGACUGGCGCUUGCGCAGAGAUCGCCCAAAAUGGCAGCUCCGUCUCCACUGCCGCUAGCACGGAUGGCAGCAGCACCGGGGGAAUCUCGACGCCGGUGGCAGGCGUCAUCGGUGCCGUCGUCACGCUGGCCGUCAUCCUUGGUCUUGAGGGGCUCAUCAUGGCUGUUGCGGGGUUGCGUUUGACCAAGAAGGGUAAAAAGAAUGAUGUGGUGCGAAAAACAAGCAAUAGUGACAACGGAUCAAACGCAUAAAGAAAUGAUCAUGACGGCCCGGAUAAGUUACUGUCAUUUUUAUUACGAAUAGCAAUGUAAAAUGGUGGGGGGGGGGGGGGGGCAGUAUUACCUCCUCCGUUCAACCAGAUCUGAAUGAAUCACA